AAACUUACUGAAACAAUUAUAUAAAUUGAUGCUGAGAAUUUCAGUAUGAACAAUAAAACAUCUACAGAGAAUAUAUGCCUAACAAAACCGUGUUUGAUGCCAGGACUGAGCAGUAAAUUUGUCCUGGUGAUUAGCUAGCUAGAAGUGUAUGGUAAGCUAGCUAACAGUUUGUUACUUAAACCGUCUCCAACUUUAUCAAUUAUGAUUUAAUAAAGGAAAAACAAAGAGUUAUGUUUUUUUACUGUAUAAAAUCUUGUUUGAGGCUGGAGCUAACGUAUUUUUUCCCCCCUUCACUUUGAACAUCAAAGGGGCCGCAAAAAACAUGUCCCAACAUGCAGACAGUGUUUAACGUGUUUAGUUGUCUGUGUGACCAGCGUACCACUGUAUUUGGUGACCCAUCAGAUUCUAUGACCUGCAGUGUUGGAAAAAGUACUCAGAUCAUUUACUUAAGUAAAAGUAUAUAAGUAUUACCAGUUAAUUGUACUGAAAUUACUAAGUUAAAGCUAAAGUACAAAAUUAGCAGAAAAUCGGGCUGUGACUGAUAUAUUAAACAUUUAAGUGCAUCAUUAAAUACUGAUGAGUCAAUGCAUAAGCAGCAUUUUAAUAUCUCAGUCACAGCGCGAUUUUCUGAAAAUUAGUACUUUUUCCAACAGUGCAGGUCACAGAAUCUGAUGGGUCACCAAAAAUGGUGUAACACUGUCGACUUAGCUUUAAUCUGUACCGUUCUUCCUUUAAAUGUUUAUUUACUUUGUCAAACUCCCUUGCAUGUCACAGUCAAAAGUGCUGGUCCAGGUGAAGUACAGCCAACAGCAGAAAUAUGUGAAGCUGGACGGUUUGACUUUAUGCAAUUCCAUGAAAAUGGUUAGCAUGCCUUAGGAAAAAGGUUUUAAACCACACCCAUGUUCUUUUAAAAGCUCAUUGUGCAAGCUCCUUAAUGUUGUCGAUUCUGAUUUCUUUACAUGCCUUUAUCAGACUCUUUUAUGCGGUAAAUGGGGUUAAAUUGCUAAUCAUUUUCAGUUCUGUAAUGUGUGCUUCAUAGAGUGUAAAGUAUUAAUAUACACCAAAACAGUCAAUAAAAAAAGCCAAUCAUCAAUUUUUACAUUUGGACUUAAGAGGGAAUGGGUAAUGUGAGGGAAAAUGCUCUAGGUCUAUUUAAGGAUUAUACAGUGGUGGAUGUAUGUAUUUAACGUGAACAGUUAUUGGCUGUGAGGCAAGAAACAGUGCUGACUUCAAAGGCACAUUCAGUUUGACCUUACUAUCUUUUCCAGUCAUCGAGAGAUUUUGCCUGCCACCUGAUGCAAAAGUUAUAUACAAGGAUGCAACAGGGACAGACGUUGAUGCAGAAAUAUUCAGCAAUGUGGUGCUGACAGUAUUCUCAGAUCAGGAAUUCUCUGAUUUCUCCUUGUCUUCUGCUUCUGAGACGUCUGACUCAAGCUUCAGCUCAAGUGCAUCAACUAUAAUCCUAGAUGAUGUCCCUAGCAAGAGACAAAUAAUUGAGGAUACACAUGAUGCUGUGUCUGCUGAACAGUUGAUUGAAGCUGUGCUAAGAGGCAAGUCUGGGGGUGAAGAAAUACUACAGGAGUACCAAACAACAGAAACCCUAACAGAUGCUGCAAGAAGAAAAAUGGUUAACAUCCUGGUGGCUCACAUGAUUGACAAUCAUGGGCACUGCCCCACUAAAGCAAUCAGAGAAGAUUAUGCACGUGGGAUAGUGAUGUUGUUACCUUCCCUCAAGGAUCCAUACUCCAAGAAGGGCUAUGAACACUUCUAUGAUGCUGCAAGCAGCACAGGAUACAUUUCUUGGCGUCUGAAAACAGUCCAGAGGAAGAUUCGUCAAGGAUCUGCACUGCCACCAAAUAGCCCAAUUGACUUUUCUCCAGGGGGCCCAAAUUUCCAAAGGACUGUUAAUGUUGAAAGGCAGCUUGAUGGUGAUGCUUGCCAAGAGGCCAUGUCUUUGCUCAACCAUACCACAGACAAUACCCUGAUUUUCCAGAAGAUGAGAGACCUUUCAGAACCGUCAGAAGCUCGUUAAUGACCCAGGCAGAAGUGUUGAUAUCCUCUCCAGCUUCCCAAGAUUCCUGGAUACAAAAGGAUUGGUGGACCAAGACUUCACUCUCCUAUUUGAUGACGACACAUCCUCCAGGCUUCUUCAGAAAUGGGAUUUGUUCUUCAAGCCAAAUGUCAUAAAAGAGGCUAAGCGGCUCACCUCAACACCAGAGUUGCGUCGCUUGGUGCAGUCAGCAGAAAGUCCCCCAGGAAGUGAUCUUGAUGAGGCAAGAACCUACGACCAAGAAAUGGCUUCCCUGUUGUUGCUGUUACAUCUCCUUCCACCACCUCCAGGGGGACUGAAGUCUCCAAAAAUUAGUGCAUGUGAUGCAGUUGAGAGACUUGUUGUCUUUCACGAGUUUGGAGGAGCAUCUCCGCAACCAGCAGGGUCGGCAGCCGUACCUCCUCGCUGUUGGGCGUCAGAAGAGCAAGAUUGAGAGCUUCUACAUCACACAAUGGAUAAGCGUCUCAUCCCAUGCAAGGCAAACCGCUCCCUCGGGGCAUGUGAUGAACUUUUCAAAGCACAUUUUGUGUUUAAUUUGUCUUACGAUGUGGCACUUGUGAAUUUUUACACAUUCCUGCAGACAAGUGUAUAACAUUGAUGUGGGGAAAAUGAAGGAGUCACCCAGAGUUAAAGACUUGAGAGCGAGACUGCUUAACCAGCCAGUAGCACUCUCACCCUGUGAGUAAGAAGCUAUAACAAUGUUAACCUGUUUCAUGUGUCAGAAAUAUUAUCCCAGCAGUCAACAGUUGAUUUCACAUUUAAGAGUUGAACAUGGUUACUAUCCUGGACCCAAGUACAAAUUGUUUUGUUCUCAGCAAGUCUGUAGGCAUCAGUUCCUAACAUAUACAGGUUUUCGGAAGCACCUUUAUAGUGUUCAUAGUAAUGUUCAGCAAAUUGCUCAAACUUCAACUGUUGCAUGUUCAUCUAGUGAGCCAGUUGCAACUUCAUCUCAGGCACAUGCUUUGGAGGACACAUUUAAUCCACAAAAUCAAUGUAGCUCUUCCAGUGUUUAUUCUGAGAGCAAUGAUUCAGGACUUACUAAAGAUCCAACUAAAGAAAUGUGUGCAUCCAUCGUGGCCAAAUUACAGGGGAGUGGGAUUUCCAACAGUUUGGUAUCCUCAAUUGUAGGAGAUUUGGAUGAACUAACAAGUGAGAUUCGCUCACAAGCAAAGCAUACAGCUAUUUCUGCUUUACCUAUAACUGACCCCAACAUAUCUGUGAUAAAUGAAUCUUUUGAAGAUUAUGAAAACCCGUUCACAAAUCUAAAUACAGAAUGGAAACAAAAUAAAUACUUCCACCAAAAAUGGGGAGUUGUCGAGCCAGUAGAAAUAACACUGGGAGUGAGAUAUGACAACAGGCGAAAUCAGAAAUCCGGUACAUAUGAUCAAGUACCUGUGAAGGAUACUUUUAUAUGUGUGCCGAUUUUAGAAACAUUGAAGUUCAUGUGCAGAAAUCCAGAUAUUUGUGUUUUGCUAAAGAAAGAGUGUAGAUCAGAGCCUGACACUUAUACUGACUUUUUUGAUGGAAGUUAUUUUAAAACCCACCCUUUGUUUACAGCUAAUAGACAUGCAUUACAAAUCCAACUAUACUAUUAUGAUUUUGAAACAGCCAAUCCCCUUGGCUCCAAACAUGGAAUUCACAAAAUUGGCUCUCUUUAUUUUGUUGUUAGAAACUUUCCCCAAAAAUUUAAUUCGGUUUUGAUGAACAUUCAUUUGGUAACACUUUUUCACACACAAGAUCUGCACAAGUAUAGUUUUGAUGUUAUACUAGAACCGUUGAUAAAUGAUUUGAAAAAACUAGAAGGCCAAGGGCUAAGUCUUCCAUUUUCAGAUGAGCAGGUAUAUGGUACAAUCUGUCAGAUCACUGGAGAUAAUUUAGGGAUGCACACAAUUCUUGGUUUUAAUGAGUCAUUCAGUAGCCGUCAUUUCUGUCGCCUUUGUUUGAUUGAGAAGAAUGAUUGUCAAACGGUAUACAGUGAGGAUGAUCCUAAGGUGAUCCUUCGUGGAAAAGACAUGUUUGAAAUGCAUUGCCAGUCUCUCCAGGAAAACCCACAAUUGAAGUCACUUUAUGGUUUGAAAAAAAGAUCUACACUUAAUUCAUUGAAGUAUUUCCAUGUUUGUAAUAACUAUUCAUUUGAUAUCAUGCAUGAUCUUCUUGAGGGUGUGGUUCAGUAUGAGAUCAAAUUGCUUUUUGGAUAUCUCACACAACACUUUAUGUCAGAACAGGACUUGCUUUCCAGGAUUUAUGGUUUUGAUUAUGGAUUUUUAGAACGAAAAAAUUGUCCUACAAAGAUUAUUUUGGAGUGUUGGCAAUGGCAUUGGUUUGAAUUCUAUUCAGACAUUGUGUCUUGUGAAAAACAUCCCACUGUUGUUUGGUGACAUUAUUCCUGCAGGAAACAAAAACAGGAAUUUGUUACUGUUGUUACUUCAAAUAAUGAACAUAGUUUUUUCACCUUCUCUCACUCUAGGUAUGACAAUAUAUUUAAAGCAUUUGAUUGUUGACCACCACAAACUAUUUAAGCACUUGUAUCCACAUAGAAACUUGAUACCUAAGUAUCAUUUUAUGAUCCAUUACCCAUCUUCUAUAAGGAAAGUUGGCCCCUUAUUAUAUACGUGGUGUAUGAGGUUUGAGGCCAAACACAAGCAGUUUAAAGAUUGUUUUUAAAAUUUCAAAAACAUAACCAAAUCGCUUGCUAAAAAGCAUCAGAUGGCCAUUGCUUAUCACUGGGAAACCUUCACCCUCAAACAAAAUGAGUAUGGGCCAAUUAAAUAUUUUCUCUUCAGAGAUGAGAAUGUCGUCAACAAUGAAAUGCUUGAAAUGAUCUUGUCAAAAUAUGUUUUCUCAACUAGUUGGGUUAAAGUUGAUGGUGUAGAGUAUAAAGCUGGACUAGUUAUUUGCAGUGCAAUGGAAGAAGACAUGCCAGUCUUUUGUCAAAUAAGUGAUGUACAUUUGGUUGAAGAUCUUUUUUUUUUUUUGACAAACAAGCUAUUUACAGAGAAUUUUGAUGACCAUCAUCAUGCAUUCAGAGUAUUACGAAGUGCGGAAAGAUGUCUACUAAAAAUGUCUGAGCUUAAAUUUCAUAAACCGUUUGAUAUUCAAAGCUCAUA